AUGGAAACCCCCGCCCCAGUGACUUCACGGUCGCUCGAGAAAGACAACCGCAAAGACAGCGACACAAGCCUGCCGUUGUCAACAUCGACCUCGUGCGAAGUCCCAUCCAUGCGAGAGUUUCGACGUCCUUCGUCAGACGAUGACGAGCCUGACUGGCCUCGAACAUGGCGGGCAUACGCUUGUUUGCUGGGUUGCUUCUUUCUUAUGUUCGAUUCAUGGGGACUGGUGAACGCAUACGGGACUUGGUCCUCAUACUACGUCGGUCACUCACUUCGGACAGUGGAUCAGCUGCAGCUGAACCUGAUCGGCGGCUCGCAAUGCUUCCUUGUCUUGCUUCUCUCCAAUCCAGUCGGCCGAUUGUUGGACGCUGGGCACUUCCGUAAGGUCAUUGGGUUUGGCACUGUCUUUGUGCCUCUCGGCCUCUUCAUACUCUCGGCAGUGCACCCCAGCAGCGUCGAAGCUAUUGCAAGCUUUGGCCCAAUAUGGGCGACUCAAGGAUUCGUUGUUGGCUUGGGCAUGGCUCCGUUCUUCGUCUCCAGCUCUCAAGUUGCUGCUACAUGGUUCCCUAAGCGAAGAGGACUCGCUGUAGGGUACGUUGCUUGUGGCGCCAGCAUUGCAGGUGUCAUCUACCCGACCAUGCUACGCUAUCUUAUUGAGACAGUUGGCUUCAACAACGCAGUCCGCUACGUUGCCACCCUGACUUCAGUAACGUGCAUCUACUCUUUCAUCUUCGCCACACCAAACCCCGCACACGAGUACCACAAGCCAGAGAGCUGGUUCAAGGUUCGCACCUGGUUUGACACAGAUGCAUUCCACAACAAAGCCUGGUGUUGGUUCACUGCUGCUGUAGCUUUCAUGUUCUUCGGCUUCUAUCCAGUCUUCUUCAAUCUCGAGGAGUGGGCAGCCGUCAGAGGCUUCGGAACUCGCAACAGCUCUGGUGUUGCGCAAGCGAUACCAGAAGAUGUCAGCAACCAGCCACUGCAGACCUUCUGGUUUUUGACCAUCAUGAAUGGAGCUUCUACUAUCGGCCGCCUAACUCUCGCUCAGUUCUCCGACAAGACAGGACCACUCAACAUGCAUAUCGGCUCUCAGCUUGUGUGUUCACUUCUUACACUCGUUCUUUGGAGCCUGGCUGGAUCAGAGACAGAUGCCAUCGCCUUCUGCGUUGUUUUCGGAAUCUUCUCCGGCAUGGUCAUUGGGCUCCCUCCUGCAUCUGUCGCCAACAUCCUGAGUUGCACCUACACCACUCCCGAGACAGAGGCCUUGGCCAGGAAGAAGCUUGGUCACUGGGUCGGCAUGAUGUACAGUUUUGCUGCCUUGCCAGCACUUCUCGGCCCCAUUAUUGCAGGACAUCUCAUCACCGAGUAUAACACUUACAUCACAGUACAGAUGUGGUCAGGAGCCAAUCUGUUCUUGUCGUUUGUCUGCAUGAUGGUCGCUCGUUGGUACUUGCCAUGCUUCGAUGGCGAGAGUUUUGCGCACCACUUCUCUCGCAAGCAGGCUUCUACUAAAGAAAAGCUUCGAUUGGGAAGUGACGCUACUGCGGUUGGCUUGGUGACCCCCACCGCCCUGUCGCAAGUACCGACCCGAGUUCCCAGCACCAUGCCUUCGCGCGAGAAGCUCGAACAAUCUGCUCAGUCGCCUGAACGCAUGGUAUAG